GAGGGGCGGUGCUCUUCCACCUCCUCCUCCCACAGCGCUCAGAGCGGCUGUCAGGGAUGCAGAUCAGCUGUGUGAGCUCUCUGGGACUGACAGCAUAUUUAACCAUGAGGAGACCAGCGGGCGUUGAGCAGAAAUGCGCGCUGUGCUGACGGUGUGCUCAUCCCGCCAUGAGCCGCCGACCUCCGGGCGGGACAUGAGGCUCUGGGUCCUGGCGGUGACAGCGCUGCUGGCCGCCAACACCGCCCGGGGAUCACCGCUGCUCCUGGAUCCAGAGGAUUUUCUGGAGAAGUAUGGAUAUCUCCAUCAUGAGCAUCAGAUUCACAAUGCAGUUGAAGUGCAAUCAGCCGUCAGAGAGUACCAGUGGCUCUCCCGUCUCCCCAUCACAGGGCAACUUGACAGCGCCACCCUGAGGCAGAUGGCAGAGCCCCGCUGUGGGGUGUCAGACGAGGGCAGCCAGCAGGUCUGGGCCCAGAGGGUGAAUGUCAUCUUUACUGGGAAAAGACAACUGCAGCACCGUAGGAGGCGCUCUGCAGACCAAGCUGAGAAGUGGUACAAGCGACAGCUGACCUACCAGAUAGUCAACUGGCCGCGCCACCUGUCUCUGGGCUCCGUCCGGCUGGCCGUGCGAACUGCUUUCCAGCUUUGGAGUAACGUGUCUGACCUGGUGUUCAGGGAGGCCCCCGAGGGCCCCGCAGACAUUCGGCUGGCUUUUUAUGAGGGGGACCACAACGACGGGGCCAGUAAUGCCUUUGACGGACCAGGUGGGACGUUGGCUCACGCCUUCCUGCCUCGCAGAGGGGAAGCCCACUUCGACAUGGCGGAGAGAUGGACGCUGAAUGGACACAAGGGCCACAACUUGUUCAUGGUGACCGCCCAUGAGAUCGGACACACUCUGGGCCUGGAGCACUCCCCUGUGCGGCACGCUCUGAUGUCGCCGUACUACAGGAAGCUGGGCCGCCGCCUGGUCCUGAGCUGGGACGACAUCCUUGCAGUGCAGCAGCUGUACGGGAAACCGUUGGGUAAUCUCCCGGUCAGGUUGCCUGGACAGGUAUUACACGCCGCGCUGCAGGAGUGGGAGUUCACCGAGCUCCAGAACCAGAACCUAGGACUGCCUCUGUACUGCCAGGGGAUCUUUGAUGCCAUCACUGUGGAUGAGAAGCAGACGGUGCUGGUGUUCCGGGGCAGCCGGUUCUGGACGGUAUCGCCCGAAGGCAGCGUGAGCGACCCGCUCCUCCUCCGCCAGCGCUGGCCUGGCCUCCCUCGGGCGAUAGAAGCUGCUGCCUUUUCCCCUCUGGACUCCAAGUGGUAUUUUUUCAAAGGGAAGCGGAUGUGGCGUUACACAGGCACUGUACUGGACCCGGGCUUCCCUAUGCAGAACGAGGUUCUAGGUCUGCCUCGCCGCCUGGACUGUGCUUUUUACUACACCCCUCUGGGUCACAUGGUGCUCUUCAAGGGCUCUCGCUACUUUGUGCUCAACCUUAAAACUCUUCGCCAGGAGCCCUAUUAUCCCCGCCGGCUGACAGACUGGACCGGCCUGCCGCAGGGCACCAAUGGGGCACUGACCCGCCCAGACGGCCGACUUUACCUGUUCAAAAAUCAGCGGUUCUGGAGGUUCGACCCAGUGAAGGUGCGGGUCACCAGAAAGGGCCUGUGGGCCAAGGAUUUAAACUGGACUGGCUGCAGCAAUAUACCUCGGAGUAAUGAUAUUCUUUGACCACCAGGGGGAGCUGCAAAAUUAAAAGUGCAAUUUAUUCACAUA